AUGACAAUUGUGGUUAGUUGGUUGCAGAAUUGCUCUGCUUGUCUUUGGGUGGCCGCGUAUCAAAGGAAGUCCGCAACAUGCAGCAGCGUAAGUGGGGCUUCGCGCCUCGCGCAUAUUAAAGCCUGCACGGUUUCGAGAGACAGUGAACUUGACAGCUCGUCUCUUGUUCCUCCUCAGAUCUGCUUCAAUGAUCAGAGGGAUUCCUCGGGAGGCUGCAGGAUGACAGGGGUCAUCAAAGGCCACCUGGACCCUUUAAAAGCUGCGCGUAAGGCCUGGACUCGACAGAAAACGCGUAGCGCUGACAAGGAACACAUUCACGCGAUGAGACCACUUCCACUAGCUGUGCUGCUUGCUCUAGUGAGCCUGAGAUGCCUGGGAACCAAACAGCACAGCCAGCAAAGGGCGAGACAUCAUGCAGAGCAUGACAGUGAGCACCGGUACAGUGUUGGAGUGUAUCAUCCUCACAGAUACCCACUGUAUAUGAUGCAGCUGUACCGACACUACAAAUCAGUGGACACGAGGAAAACAGCUGCCCGUGUGAACGGUGAUGCUUUGCAUCAAACAGACUCCGUAGUGAGUUUGGUGGCCAAAGAGUGUCAUCAAAUCGGUGAGAGGUGGAAGGUCACUUUCGACAUGUCCUCCCUUUUCGGCAGACAAGAAAUCCGGCUUUCCGAACUCCGGUUCCGCGUGUCCUCCUUUUCCGCCACCGAGGUAGAGCUUUAUCACGCGCCGCAUAACAGCGCACCUGAAGAGCGGGUCUUCCUCGGCAGCAUCAAGGUCACACCGGGACUCUCCUCCUCUUCCUCCUCCUCCUCCUGGAAGGUGUUCAACGUAACUGCUCUCCUCACAUAUUGGCUGCAUCACGGGGGCGAAGAGCAGUUUCCUGUAACCGACAUAUUGAGCGCUGUAGAAGAGGGCAGCGGAAAUGAUGGAACCGAACCAUCUCCACGCCGCACAAUUCAACAUCUACCCACUGACCGAGUGAUGAUUGUAGUGUUUUUGAAGAGCUCGUUGACCCAGGGUCACCAGAGCAGGUCUACUUUAAUGCAAACAGUACAACACUCCAAAUACGUAGUUCUGGACCGACCCGGUAACGCAAGGCGACGCAAGAGGAACAGGAUGGACCCGGAACAUGUGCGGGAGGUGGUGGCGAGUGAAAACGUUACUGGGUCAUUCACAGAGUCCGUGCAAAGGCCGCUGUGCAGACGAGUGGACAUGUGGGUGGAUUUUGACCAGAUCGGGUGGAAUGAGUGGAUUGUGCAUCCGAAACGUUACAACGCGUACCGAUGUGAAGGAGAAUGCCCAGUUCCGUUAGAUGACUCCUUCAAGCCUACGAAUCACGCCUACAUGCAGAGUCUGCUGAAACUUUACCAUCCAGAGCGCGUUACCUGCACAUCCUGCGCGCCCACGCGCCUCAGCUCGCUCUCCAUGCUCUAUUACGAGGGCGAAGACGUAGUGUUGCGUCACCACGAAGACAUGAUCGUAGAAGAGUGCGGAUGCCAGUGAACCUGACCGGAUGCUCCUGGAUUAUGAAGACAAUUUUUUCACUUAC